GCAGGGUGUGCCUGCACAGUUUGAUCCCCGCUUCAUGGAAAGGGACCUUGUGCCGCCCACUGAAAUGGUAUCAGCUGAUGCUAGACAAAUCCACAUGGGUGCCCACUUCGGCCCAUCUCUGCCCCCAAACUCCAAUGUUAUUCCAGGCAGAGGAUUCCCUGGCACAGGUUACGGCUUCCUUCCAACUGAAUCCAUGGAGAUGGUUGCUAGACGGCAAGAGUUAAUUCACAAACAGAACAUAGCCAGGUACAUUUCAGUGUAUUUGCUAUAACUAUGUUAAACGGGAGUAAAGUCUUACAGAGUG